CACCAGAGCAUUUCCAGUGCUCUGCUCCUCCGAGCUCUCUCUCUCUCUUCUCUUCUCCUCCCGCCCGUGUCCGCGUCCUCCGCGGGAAUCUUCCAGGCAUGAGGAGCGGCAGAGUCCCUGGACGAGGAGGCGGUGGCGGUGGUGGUGGGGAGACCGCCGCGCUCCUGUGCGGCCUCCUGCUCUUGCUCGGCGCCGCCGACGCGCAGGGCAUCCGGCGCCCCUCUUCCUACAAAACCCUACGAGGUGAUGCUCCCCUUGUGAUCGCCAAAGGUGGAUUUUCAGGAGUAUUUCCUGAUUCCAGUUAUUACGCCUUUUCUUUCGCAUUGCUUGCUAGUGCACCUGAUACAAGUCUGUGGUGUGAUGUGCAACUCACAAAGGAUGGUGUUGGAAUUUGCCUUCGGGAUAUAAAUAUGUCAAACUGCACUAAUGCUGCACAAGUCUACCCUGUGAAAAAUAAAAAGGAGGCAAAAUAUGUUAUUGAUGGCGUGCCAAAAACUGGAUACUUCUCUCUGGACUUCACCUUGUCUGAGAUUCAAACGACUCUUUCUUUAACACAAGGAAUUUAUUCUCGCACUGAAAGGUUUGAUACCAUGUAUUCUAUCCUUUCCGUGACAGACUUUCAGUCCAAUGUCAAGCCGCCUUCCGUUUGGUUGAAUGUUCAGCGUGACAUAUUCUAUAAGCAACAUGGUUUGAACAUGAGAAGCUACAUAGUUUCCAUCCUAAAGAGUGUCCCGGUCAAGUAUAUUUCAUCACCUGAGUUGGGUUUCCUCAAAAGUAUAUCUAAAAGAGCUGGCCGCAGAACAAAGCUUGUGUUUCGCUUUCCUGAUAACUUUCUCUCCGAUCCUUCUACAAACCAAACUUACAGCUCACUGUCGAAGAACCUAACAUUUAUUAAGACCAUUGCUUCUGGUAUCAUGGUCCCCAAGAUCUACAUCUGGCCAGUGACGAAUGAUAACUAUCUGCAGCCUCCAACAUCUUUUGUCCAAGAUGCCCACAGUGCAGGGCUAGAAAUAUAUGCAUCUGACUUCGCAAAUGAUAGAAUUAUUCCCUAUAACUACAGUUAUGAUCCCUUGCAAGAAUACCUAUCGUUUAUAAGUGAUGGCGGCUUCUCUGUGGAUGGUGUAUUAACAGACUACCCUAUUACUGCAUCCGAGGCUAUUGGCUGUUUUGCUGACUUGAAUGCAAGUAAGGCGGAUCAUGGGAAACCUUUAAUCAUUUCGCAUAAUGGUGCCAGUGGAGACUACCCAGAUUGUACUGAUCUUGCCUACCAGAAUGCAAUUAAGGAUGGUGCUGACGUGAUUGACUGUGCCCUUCAAGUGACAAAAGAUGGAGUUCUUAUUUGCAUGAGUUCCAUCAACCUGCUUGAUACCACCAAUGUUCAGAUGACACCUUUCAGUUCUCGUACAUCUGUCGUUCCUGAAAUUCGGGAUACACCAGGGAUUUUUACAUUCAACCUUACUUGGAAUGACAUUAGCGAUAGUUCUUUGAAACCCAAGAUAUCUAGCCCAUUGAGUACCUACUAUCUUGUAAGAAACCCGAGAUACACAAAUACUGGGAAGUUUGUCAAGUUCUCAGACUUUCUGGAAUAUGGUAAGGAUCAGGAUUUAUCUGGCAUCAUGAUCACGAUCGAGAAUGCCGCAUUUAUGGCGAAGUCAUUAGGAUUUGAUGUUCUCGAGUCCCUAACCACUGCCUUAAAUGAUGCUGGCUAUAAUAAUCAAACUACCAAGGAAGUCAUGAUCCAGUCAACAGAUAGCGCUGUUCUUGUGAAAUUGAAGCAGCAGAAAGCAAAAUACAAGCUUGUUUACACUCUCCAGCCAGGCAUUGGGGAUGCUUCUGCUUCCUCACUAGCAGAUGUUAAGGAGUUUGCCGAGGCUGUAGUUGUCGACAGGAGUUCUUUCUUUGCACAAAGUGUGCACUUUAUCAUCAACCAAACCAGCCUUUUGACAGAUCUGCAGUCCGCGGGACUAACGGUAUAUGCGCAGGUGUUCCGCAACGAGUUUGUAUCACAACCUUGGGACUUCUUCGGAGAUGAAACAGUGGAAAUUAAUAACUAUGCCCAGUCGCUUAAUGUCGAUGGCUUAAUCACUGACUUCCCCAAGACAGUGAGGAGAUACAAGAGGAAUUCGUGUACGGGUUUGGGAAAUGACGUGCCCUCCUACAUGGGGAACGUUACUGUCGGUGGCCUCGCGCAACUACUCAAGAAUCAAGCCGCUCCUCAGGCCCAGCCGCCAUCUGUGGCACCAAUGCCAAAAUUGGACGCACCAAGCGUGCAGCGGCCGCCAUUCCCCACCGUCGCGCCCAAGAAUGCACCUUCUGGUGCCGCCCCACCUCCCGGUUCAUCGCCUUCUGCUGCUCACACGACGGCUGUAAGCACCUGCAUUCUGCUUGUAUUGGCCUGUGCUACUCUUCUGCUUUGAGCAUCAGGACAUGAGGCUGUGCGCUAGUAGGUUAAGUUACCGGAGGGGGGCCGUUAGACUUGUGCAAGCUAUCAUCUUGCUAUUUUGUGCUAUAUAUACACACACACACACAUAUCAGGCGUUCGUUUCUGUAGCUAUUCCGGCACAUUGGUGUAUUUGAUCUAUCAACUGAAUUGAAGAGGCUCGGUUUAUCACUCUAGCAAGCGCAAGUGCUCGAUAUUUCAUACAGUACUGCAUUGCUGAGUGGUGAUGGGUGGGAAGAUGUUGUCUUACCAUUGUUGUGUUUGUGUAUAAAAGAACUGUACUUCUUAGCUGAAAAGAAUGUGUGCGCUGUGAAAA